AUGCCGAUCCACGAAACGACCGCCGACCAAAUGACCACGCCCGUCGCACAGCCGCGCCGCGGCUCGCUCGCCGCGAUGAAGGAGAAGCUGCUGGGCAGCGAGUCGCCGCGCGCCGACAAGCCCGCGGCGCCGACGACCGCGCCGGCGCCCUCGAGCCCCACGGGCCGCCGCUCAAGCUUCGCCGUCAUGCACGACAAGCUCACGUUCUACAACGAAGCGCACAAAGGCCCGCCCCCGAAGGUGAAUGUGCGCGAGGCGACCGCCGACGAGCUCCUCAACGCCCAGCAGCACGGGCGCCGCAGCAGCUUUGCGCGCAUGCAGGAGAUGAUAGGCGGCCGGAACGACGAGCGGCGCAAGAGCCAGGAGCGGCGGUCGGGCGAGCACCGCCGCUUGAGUGGUGGGGCGCGCGCGAACCCCGCCCACCCCGACCCGGGGAUGGUGCACCACGAGCAGCCACGACACGAGCAUCUGCGCACGCACAAGGAUAACGAGGGGCUCGGCGAGCACAGCCAGCAGGGGAACACCUCGGACAUCGUCAACCCCGACGGCACACCCAAGCGGCGCGACUCCAACUCGGGCGUGACCGAGGGCACGUUUGUGGGCCAGCUCGGCCGCCGCCUAAGUGCGUCGCUCGACCGCGCCAUGCAUCCGCCCAAGGAUACGAAGCACCACGGCCCACACCCGGGCGCUAUGCGUGAGGCGUACGAUGCCGCGUAG